UGGUCCAAUCGCGUUUCUUGAAAAACUUAGCAAGACGCGGGAGUGCGGCUGCUCUCCGAAUCUCGUCCUGUUUUCUUCCAAAUUCCUUUUCUUUUUCUCGUUAUGGCGGAGCCCGGUAAAAGACAGCGGCUUAGCCUCAUCUCCAGCGGCUCACAAACGGUUUCUGCGAGCUUAUCCAGGGGCCCCGAAGGAGCAGGAGAAGCUGGCUCCUUUGUGGAGGGCUCCAUACUUCGCAUCACGAUGAAAAGCUUCCUGACAUACGACUACUCUGUGGUGCGUCCUGGGCCGAAUCUGAACAUGAUUGUUGGAGCCAACGGAACCGGAAAGUCCAGUAUUGUGUGCGCCAUAUGCCUGGUUCUGGCUGGCCGGACUGUAACUCUGGGCAGAGGAGACAAGGUUGGGCUUUAUGUGAAACGUGGCUGUCAAAAAGGUUUUGUUGAGAUAGAGCUGUUUAAAAAUGGAGGUAAUUUGGUAAUUAGCCGAGAGAUCCAUGUGGAGAACAAUCAGUCGCUGUGGAUGAUAAAUGGUGGAAUCAGCAACCAGAAAAAAGUGGAGGAGGAGGUGAAAGCUCUCCAGAUCCAAGUCAGCAACCUCUGCCAGUUUCUACCUCAGGAAAAAGUUGGAGAGUUUGCAAAGAUGUCCAAAAUUGAACUUCUCGAGGCAACUGAGAAGUCAGUUGGGCCACCAGAAAUGUACGAGUACCACUGCGAGCUCAAAAACUUCCGCAACAAAGAGCGAGAACUGGAGAAUGUUGUGAAGGAGAAGGCGAGCUUCCUAGAAAAGGCCAAGCAGAGGAACGAGAGGAACAAGAUCGACGUAAACCGUUAUUACGAAAAGAAAAGGCACCUGGAUGUCAUUGAGUUGCUAGAAAAGAAGAAGCCGUGGGUGGAGUAUGAGACCGCACGUAAGGAGCUGGAGGGCUUGAAGAUGGAGCGGGAAGAGGCCAAAAAGCAGCUGUCUGCCCUGAGGCAGGCGCAGGCGCCCAUGUUGAAGAAGAUCCAGCAGAUUGACAACCAGCUGAAGCCCAACGAGUCGCAAAUGAAGGCCAAGACUGCAGCAAUCAAAGAGGCCUCUGUGAAGUGCAAACAGAAACAAGAUCAGCUGGAUCGGAAACACAAAGAGAUCGACGACAUUAAACAGAACCUGCGACUGAAGCAGACCGAAGAGGAGGACCACCAGAAGCGGAUCAAUAACACCAGACUGACCAUCGAGGACCUGAAGUCGGAGCUGGCCAAAAUCAGUGACCAGCCGGACGUGACACCACAGAUCAACGCCGUCAACAUGGAGCUGAGGCGCAUCCAGGUGGAGAGAGCAAAGAUCGAAGGAGAGAGGGCGGACCUGCGCAGGGAGGGCGACAACAUCAGCGCCGAGUCGAAAAUGUUGGUAAGGAAGCUUAAGGACAUGAACAACAUAAUGAACGCCAAAGAAGAGAAGCUGCGAGGACGCCACAAGGAUACACACGCUGCCCUCCAGUGGCUGAGGAAGAACCGAGAGCUCUUUGAAGGAAAUGUCCAUGAACCCAUUAUGCUGGUGGUGAAUGUAAAGAAUCCCGAAUUUGCCAAGUAUGUGGAGAGCCACAUCUCCUUCCACGACCUGCGGGCGUUCGUUUUCCAGAGGAAGGACGACAUGGAAAAGUUUAUGACCGAGGUCCGUGACAAAAUGAACUUGAAAGUUAACUCCAUUUCUGCUCCACCGGAGUCGUGUUCCAAGCGGGCGCCAUCCCGAAACAUCGAGUCCCUGAGACGUUUUGGCUUCUUCACUUACCUCCGUGAGAUGUUUGAUGCUCCUGAUGAGGUGAUGAGUUACCUUUGCUUCCAGUACAAGGUGCACGAUGUGCCAGUGGGAAACGAACAGACCAAAGCUCUCAUCAAAACGGUGAUUGAGGAGCCCUACCUUAGGGUGUUAUACACAACAGAUGAGAGGUACAAUGUAAAAAGGUCCUUCUAUUCCAACAAGAUAAGCACCAGCAACUCGGCUUUGCACGCCUCUCAGUACCUCUCAAUAACCGUGGAUGCUGAGGAGAAACGGCAAGUGGAGCAGCAGAUGAAGGCCUGUGAGUCAAGACUGCGAGAGAUUGAUGAGCAAAUGAAGGCCCUGGAAAAGGAGGCUGCCGCUCUGGAUCGCAAAGAAAACGAACUGUUAUCAGAGAAGAAACGUCUCUCUGAGCUGAAGGGGAAGAGGAGACAACUGGAACAGAAAAUCAGCACAAAACAGGACAGUCUGAAGCAGAUGGAGCAGAAUGUUGUCGAUCUGAAAAAAGUUGAAGAGGAAACUAAAGAAAAAAUUAAGGCUGUCAAUUUCCUGAAGGUCACCAUAGCUACAGCAAUCGUGGCUCAAAUGAAGCUGAGAGCCAAGCUGACGAUGGAGAAGGUGCAUCUGGCUUUGGAGAUGGCGGGGUUAACAGCAGAGAAGAACAAGCUGGAAAACGACUGCAGGGACAGUGCCUCUGAAUUUAAAACCAUGGAACAAAGAUGCAGCCGUCUGGAGCAGAGGAAGCUCCAGCUGACUGAACAGUGCAAAGGCCUGCUGAAGAGGGCGAAGUCCAACUGUCGGAUGCAGCCAGACGAGGCGUUAUCAGAAGACCUGCGCCAUGCUUUCAGCAAACUGCCCGACACGCUGGAUGAGGUCGAUGCCAUGCUGAACGAGGAACGCUCCAGAGCCGAGUGCUUCACUGGUCUCAGUGAAAGCGUUGUUGAGGAGUACAACAGGAGAGAGCAGGAGAUCAAACAUCUGGAGAAAGAGCUUCAAAAUAAGACAGACUCCUUGAAUGCCUACAGGCAGAAUAUAUCUGAGGCGAAGGAACGCUGGCUGAACCCUCUGAAGCAGCUGGUGGAACAGAUAAAUGACAAGUUCAGUAACUUCUUCCGCUCCAUGGAGUGUGCAGGAGAGGUGGAUUUGCACUCAGAGAAUGAGGAGGAAUACGACAAGUACGGGAUUCGCAUUCGUGUGAAGUUCCACAGCAGCACGCAGCUUCACGAGCUCACGCCGCACCAUCAGAGCGGAGGAGAGCGCAGCGUCUCCACCAUGCUUUAUCUGAUGGCCUUGCAGGAGCUGAACCGCUGCCCCUUCAGAGUGGUGGAUGAGAUCAACCAGGGAAUGGAUCCUGUAAAUGAAAGGAGAGUGUUUGACAUUGUGGUCCGGACCGCCUGCAAAGAGACGACGUCUCAGUACUUCUUCAUCACGCCAAAACUGCUGCAGAAUCUGCAGUACGCCGAGGAGAUGACCAUUCUCUGCAUCCAUAACGGGCCUCACAUGCUUCCUCCCAACGAAUGGGACACAACGGCUUUCAUCCUACGCCGCCGCCAAAGAAAAGCCAGGGCAUAAACCCAACAGGGCUAAACAUUUCAAAACUGGCACUGAGAUAUUUCACACGGGGUUUAAAAUUGGAAGUUUAGUUGUUCAUAUCAAUACCCCACUUACAUCUUUGACUUUACAUUUUAUUUUCAUGGUUAACUAGACAGAGAUUUAAAGUCACUAUUUACUAUUUGCACAUUUCCACUUUCUGUUCAGCAUGUUUUGAAGCAAAAAAUGUAAUACGGUGUGAUAUGUCUAAAUAAAUUGUUUUGUGAG